AUGAACGAUGAAGCCGAAAAAGCUCCAGAAAAAAUACCCGAAUUAAUUUGUGAUUCCCCAGAUUAUCCAGAAUUAAAAGCUCGAUGGUUUCAUGCAGUUGAUUUUCCAAUAUUUGAUCCCUUGUCGAAUACACAACAAGAUGAAGAUAAGUAUCCAAUUGAAUGGAUACCAUUCUCAAAACGAGAUUCUAACGCAUUAGAAAAUGCAUUUAAAGCUGGGAAAAUCAAAGAGAAAAUCCCAGUAAAUGAAGAUUUCUUGUUUGAGGUUGAUAUUGAAGAUCGAGAGAUCAUGCCGGUUUAUUGGUCCGGACCUAUUUAUACGGUAACGCGUGCAACAUGGUUUUUUCAGAAUGAAUUAGGUAAAAUUAUUCCAUGUGAUGAGAACCUAGCAUUACAGUUAGAAAAAGGAUAUAUUGAUCAAGAAGCAUGGGUUCCACAAGUAGAAAUUAUAGGACCAGAUGGAAGUAUUAAAGUUAUACCGAGGCCCGAUAAAAAAUAUAAUUUAACUGGAAGAUUAGCAUCACAAUAUGUUAUUUACGCCACACCAACAACUGCUUGGAUGAUAAAGGAUGACCUAACAGGACAAUUAUCAAAAUCAAUUUUUUCAACAUUUUCCGGCGGAGUAAAUUUAGGAGGAUUAAGAUUAUUUAGAGGAUAUAAUGAAGUAGAAAAGUUUACUUCAAAAAAACCAAAUUUAGAUAAAAUUAAUGAUUGUUAUGACGAAGAUACUCCCGAAGCUAGAAAGAGAACAUUGGAAAAAAAGCGACAAUUACAAGAAACCGAAGAUUUUUGUGUUGAUGCGAGCGAUGAGAUUAGAGAGAUUGAUCACCUAAUUUUAGUCAUCCAUGGGGUUGGGCAGAAAUUGAGCGAAAGGUCUGGGUAUACGAAUUUUGUUCAUGAGGUGAAUGUUUUCCGAAAGACGUUAAAGCGUACAUAUUCCGCAAAUCCACCACAAGAGUGUAUCGCCAGACUUCCACCAAACUAUGAAAAGAAAAAGGAUUCCCAAGUUGGUAAUGGAAUUCAAUUUGGGGUGGCAUCUGAAGAUGAUGAUAUGCAAGAUCUUGAAGGAGAAUGUACGCUUGAUGACAUGACAUUAGAUGGAGUUCCAGGUUUAAGAAUGUUUAUGUCUGACGUGUUAAUGGAUGUUUUGUUAUAUAUGACACCAAACUAUAGAGAACAAAUGCUACGAACGGUCACCAAAGAAGUGAAUAGGGUAUAUAAUUUAUUCUUGGAACGCAAUCCAAAAUUUAAAGAGAAAGGAAAGGUUUCGAUUUUUGGUCAUUCACUUGGAUCAUUAUUAGCAUUUGAUGUAUUAUGCCAUCAACCGCCAUUAUUUAAUUCAUCAAAUGCUAUAUUUGGAAUAUUUGAUGAAAGAUCUCAACACAAAGUUAAUGGAAAUGAUGAAAGUGAAGUGAAGAAUUAUGAGGAAAUUGUUAAAUUAGAUUUUCCCGUUUGGAAUUUUUUUGCGGCAGGAUCACCUAUAGGAUUAUUUUUGAUGCUUAAAGGACUUAAAGUCGGUUCUAGAAAGUAUUUGGUGAAUCCAAAGAAUGGAGACGAAUCAAAUGAAGUUGAUCAUAAAAAGUUCAAGGCUUCAACAUCAAUACCUUAUUGUUACCCUGCAGUAAAGAAUAUAUAUAACAUAUUUCAUAGAACGGAUCCGAUCGCGUACAGAUUAGAACCGCUUGUAUCUCGUAGAAUCGCAUCUCUAGGUCCAGCGUUAAUUCCUUAUAACAAGGGAGGUCUAAAAGGAGUUACAUUAGGAAUAUCCAAAAAGACCACGAAUUUAUUUUCAGCAGUUAAGGCAUCGUUAUUAUUUACAAAGAAAUCAAAAGCAUCAAAUUCAUCUUCAUCGGCGACAAAUUCGAGGUCUGGUUCAAUGGAUAUCUCAAGGAAAUCGCUAGAUUCUACAAGUGAACAGAGAAAACAAAGUUCUAUCGGAAAUUCAAAAGUUAAUGAUGGUUCAGAUAUGCCAUCAUUUGAAGAUUUAAGUGGACCAGAUAAACUUACAAGCCUAAACUCCACAGGUAGAAUUGAUUAUUGUUUACAAGAAGGUAUAUUAGAUAUUGCUUACUUUACUGCGAUUACCGUGCAUCUUAAUUAUUGGUAUGAUCAUGAUGUGGCUUAUUUUAUCUUGAGAGAAGUAUAUGGAAAUAUUUAUGAUGAUGGGAACGAUGCCUAA